CCUCAGACUCCGGGGGCCUGCUGGGGACUCUCCUCUCGGGGGGAAGACCCUGAGGCCGCUCUCUCAGGCCAGGUCUCGCUGCCAUGGAACCUGCAGCCUCGGCUCCCGGGCUGCCCUCCACACUGCUGGGCAGAUAAGGGUGGCGCUGCCCCAGGCGUACCUGUGUCCCCCUGCCAGGCCAUCCUUCCUGGCCAGCCCUUCUUCUACUUUGGGCCACCUGUGCUGACCCCCUGCCAUGUAGGCCCCACUCGGGCCUCUGUGGAUAGACACACCGCCGGGAACACCGCCUCUGCUCUCUGGGGGACCCCUCGCUCCACCAUGCCCCGGGGAUUCGCCUGGCUCCACUAUCUCGGGAUCCUCCUUGGCAUGGCCUUGGGGAGCCAGGGUUUGGCGGUGUGGCCCUUGGCCCAGCAUGAGGAGUGUGCCACCACUGGCUUUCUGCGGGACAAGCUGCAGUACAGGAACCGCCUUCAGUACAUGAAACACUACUUCCCCAUCAACUACAGGGUCAGCAUGCCUUAUGAGGGGGUGCUCAGAGCGGCCAACGUCACAAGGCUGCAGAGGGCCCGGGUAAGCCAGCAGGAGCUACGGUAUCUGUGGGUCUGGGUGAGUCUCAGCGCCACAGAGGCCGUGCAGAAGGUGCUGCUCGAGGGGCACCCGUCCUGGAAGUACCUGGAGGAUGUCCAUACUCUGCUGGUGGACAUCCAGCAAGUCUUCAGGGGUGUGAAGGUCAGCCCCAAGGUGGAAGCUGUGUUGUCCCUCCUGCACGCUCCUGGGCUGAGCCUGAAGCUGGUGCGGCCCAAAGCCCUGCUGGACAACUGCUUUCGGGUCAUGGAGCUGCUGUACUGCUCCUGCUGUAAACAAAGCUCCAUCUUAAACUGGCAGGACUGUGAGGUGCCAAGCCCUCAGCCCCACAGCCCAGAGCCCUCGUUGCAGUGUGCGGCUGCCUAGCUGUGCCUCUGCCCGGCGGCCCCCACCCCCUGCCCACUCCCUAGAAUCCAAGGCUGGACCCGGCUCAUUGAAGUUACUGAGAGCACAGAGGCCUCUGCCCCAAGCAGCCCGAGCGGUAGCUGGUGUGGGGCAGAUGGAGGAGCUCCCGGUUUGACUGGGUGGUGGUGGGAGCCCCCUUGGGAAAAGCUCCCCAGAAAGGGCGUUUUUCCUUUCAGGGGUAUUCUGUACCCAGAAAGGUUCAGCUUCCACCCUCUGUACCUCACAAGGUCUCACCUGGAGCGGUGGGGGCCUGGGGACCCUGAAGGUGAACGAGGCAGAGCUCACGGCCUCCUGGCACCACGCAGGCUGCCUCCGUUACCUGGUUACCUGAAGGGAACAGGGACCAGAGCUGUGCUGGCGGCAGGUGGGUUGGAGGGGACAGGACUCAGCAAGGUCGGGGAGAGGGCAGAGCCAAAUGCCAUAUCUUGCCACAGUGGGUGC